CUCAAACCUGUGGCCUGCAUCACUGCUGUUUUGCCAUGCAAGGCGAAGUGACAUGGCUCCAUAGCCCAGAGCACUGCUCGAGCGAGUGAUGGCUAGGCAAAAAUCUUGGCAUAUUCGACAUUGAUCAAGGAGUGAGUGAGUAUAAAGAAGCGAUUGCUCACACGGGUCAGCUUCCAACAAACAACUCCUCGAACAUUCACCAUCUCCUUGUGACAAAGAAAAACAAGUCAACGCCUCCUCCUUAUUAAUCUUGAUGUCGCGCCUGUCAAGCUACCACCCAACUCUCAUCAUGCCUUCAUCACCAUGGAAUGUUCAUCCUACGCCUACCCCUCAACCCCAACCAGCCAAAUCAUCCCUCCUUGGUUCCCUCAGUGGCUCCAUACGCAAACUUAGUCGCAAAGGCAGCAACGUUUCUCAGAGAUCCGAUCACUCAGCAACGCAGUCAGAACUUCAAACUCCAACGACCCCGACCUUCCGUGGCCCAGCUGAUUUGAACCCAUUCUCGCCGAGUGACGUGGGACGGAGAAGCCCCAGUCCCCUCACAAACCCAUCGCCCGCGACACGGCGCCCGGAUCGACCAGGUAUGAACGCCUUUACAGUUCCCUCGAACGAGCCGCCGCCAGCGUACACCCCAUCACCUACAGCCGCGUCAGGCCCAACUCUCGCCACCCAGAUUUCUGAGCUUCCUGUCCCAGAAGCAGCAACACCAGCCACAUCAUCAAGACCUUCCUCAGCCACACGUGGCGGCGAAGAUCCAUACUCAUUUCUCGCCACCUUCGAUACCACCCUUCUGAUCGAUGACUCUGGUUCCAUGGCGGGAAGAUCAUGGCGCGAGGUUUCUCAAGCUCUGGCUACCAUCGCCCCUAUCGUGACUCAGCACGAUAGUGACGGAAUCGACAUCUACUUCCUGAAUCACAAGUCCAAUCACCCGGGCGCAGUGUCAGAGGGUAUUGCCGCUGGUGGAUAUAGGGGCAUUAAGCGAGCCGCUACGAUAACCGAAAUAUUCGAGAGAGUCCGACCUCAGGGGGGAACUCCAACGGGUAUCAGAGUCCACAAUAUCCUGAAGCCAUAUUUGGCAAAGUUGGAGAGUGAAAUGGCUCAAGGCAGAGAAACGAAGCCUUUGAACCUUAUCGUUCUCACAGACGGUGUUCCCUCGGAUGACGUCGAGUCGGUUCUCUUGUCUGCAGCGAAGAAGCUGGACAAGCUCGAUGCCCCACCAUUCCAAGUCGGUGUUCAAUUCUUCCAAGUGGGCAAUGAAGAGGGUGCCAAGGAAGCACUCGAGGAGCUAGACGACGGACUCAGUGAGCUGGUUGAAGGUGGUGUCAGAGAUAUGGUUGACACUGUCACCUGGACUGGUGGAAGCAGCUCCAGCGAGGGAGGUAUUGGCUUGACGGGGGAUGGAAUUCUUAAGGUUUGUUUAGGAAGUGUAGUUCGGCGUUUGGACAGGAGAAGCAGACAUUGAUAUCUGGCCUUGCUCGGCGCGCGUAUUAAGAGACUUGAUCGCAGACGGGCAAGUGCUGAAGUUAGGAGCAGAUCUUACUCCUACUCUGCUUGUUCGUUUCAUUCAACAGUGUAUUACAAAAACAUUAGAUUUUGGAUUUUGGACUUUGGCGUUUUUAGAGCAUGGUCUUGAUACCCAGGGACACCUAGGAAAUAGAUAUCGAACCAGAUUUCGUAAUUCUGCCUAUCUCGCUUUCAUUGCCCUUGAUUUGUCGUGAACAUUUGUAAGAUAAUGUGACAUUAUUCUGCGGAGUUAAGCUAGCCUUCCACCUCAACUAUAUCUCACAAUGAGCUUACAAUAAUCC